UUGUUCCACCCAACCUUACACGAAGGAAGAGGAGGAGAAGAUGACCGCCGUCCUGAGGGAAAAAAAGGAGAAGAAAUAGACCAAGAAGAGGGCCCUACAGGAGGAGCAGGCGGCCAAGCUGAAAAAGAUAGAGGAAGAGAUGGUCAGGGAGAAGGAGAGAAUAAAGAAAGAAAAAGAGGAGAAGCUGAAAGACGUGGAAGAGGAAGAAGAGCGAGAUGAAACGCCACUGCAAAGGAAGAGGGGGCAGCACGGUGGCAACAAAGAUGAAGAGAUGGAGAAACAGAUUUCGGAGUGGGUCGCCAACUUAUCCCUCGGCGACGACGAAGAGAAAACCAUGUAUAUCCCCAAGGAUAAGCAGGAAGGCGCUAUGAAGAAAUGGGAAGAAGAAGAAGAUGUUCUGAAGCGGCAGGCGAUGGAAGAUGAAACGAGGAUGGUGUGGAAACUCGCAAUGAUGAGGGAGAAGAAAAGAAGAGUGGAGGCGGCAAGUGAGGCGGUUAAAGAGCUGGAAGAGGUGCAAAACCUAACUCUACGAAUGACCCCCCAGGUAGACCUCCAACCAAAGGUGGAUAUCAUUGCCCAGAGCGUCGAGCGUUUAGCGAGAGUACAAGAACAACAAUAUGAGUUUAGCCGAAGUCAGGACAUAGCUCGGCGUUCGAUGCGGAUGGGGUUUCGAGACUUUGCCCGCGAAUUCGUAGGAGUUGUAGGAGCCGAGGUGAAUCAUCGCCUCGAGAAGACUGAGCGUUUUUGUGUUGGCGUCAUUGAAGGCGUCAAGGUGGCAGCUCCCAAGGAGGGCGAGCCGCGUCCUCGUAGGGAGCCAGUCAAAGUUAAGUUUCCUGAUUCCUACACUGGAAAGAGGGAAGAAAACUUUGACAAUUGGGAGACCAAUAUUAAGACCGAUGUCCACCUGCAACAGGUCUCCCCGGAUCAGCAUGUCUUGAUUGCGAUCCAUGCGCUCAGAGACGAAGCUGCCAGCUUUGCAAGGUCCCUAGUUCGCGCCGCCAACUGCAAUGAUGAUGCAAUUGCCUAUUCGUUAUUCACCCCCCUCGCUGAGUUCAUGAAAUUGCUGCCCGAGCGAUUUGCAGAUGUUGCUCGCAGUGUCAAGGCCUCAGAUAAGUUCCAGACAAUCCACGCUCGUAAGUGGACGAACGUCAGGGCACUCAAGAGCACAAUGGACGAACUAGUAGCUGUCCUUGACCAUGGGGUUACAGACACCCAGUUGGUUGCCCUCUCAUACAGAGCGAUGCUCGAAGCUUUUCGCUGGCACUUCUUCGCGAAGAGCGAAGACCCUGCCACCACUUACGAUUCCCUUAGCCGUGAAGUGGUGGCCUUUGAGGCAAAAUCUAUGUCAGUCUCCACCUUCUGGCACAAAAAUUUGGAUAAGGGAAAGCAAUGGAAGGGCCGCACUAUCUCUGGGCAAGUGAAGACUAAGGAUAGUCUUGUCCUCACUUUAGAUGAGGGUAGUGUGGAUGAGAUCCCCUACGAUCAGAUUGAGUAAAGGUUGGAGGAGGAGGACAACGAUGUGGGCCAGGGGAGAACUUACGUUGCUGUCACGGCUGGAGGGAGGCCACAAGGAGGAGGACGAGGCCAGGGCCAAGGGGGUCGGGCCUCAGGGAGCCGAUUYCAGGGCGAUCAGGGGGUUGGCGGCAGAGAAGGAAACCGCCAAGCGGGAGGAAGGGGUCAAGGUCCCUCGCAAAACCGUCCUAGGAACAGGUCUCCCUAUAGGGUAGGAGGAUGGCACCCAGGGCUACCCCACGGUAGGCCUUGAGAAAGUUUGGGUCUGGACCAGGACUUAUGGCAAAAGCGAUUGGACCGGGGCAGUGCAUUUUCUG